CCACCACCACCACCCUCAUUUCCCCCCUCGUCGUCGCGCCUUUGCUACUCCCUCGUGCUAGCUCAGCAUCAGCCUCCCCCUCUGGAACCAACACCUUCCUUCGACUCCGCUCCCCUCUCCUCCGUGCGACACAACACACACCAUGUCCCUCGCCGCUAACGGAUCAGCGCCUGCCGGCCGAAAGCAGCAGAUGCGCGGCUUUGUCGGGUUCGCCAACCUGCCCAACCAAUGGCAUCGUCGCUCUGUUCGCAAGGGGUUCAACUUUACGGCCAUGGUUGUUGGCGAAAGCGGUCUAGGCAAAUCGACGCUGGUCAACACCCUCUUCAACCACAAGCUCUAUCCCAAGAAGGAGGUGCCUGCACCGCACAUGGAGCGACCCAAGACGGUCGCUAUCGAGAGCAUCAGUGCUGACAUCGAGGAGAACGGCGUCCGUCUCAAGCUGACCGUAGUCGACACUCCUGGAUUUGCCGACUUUGUCAACAACGAUGAGAGCUGGAAGCCCAUCGUAGACAACAUCGAGUCGCGCUUCGACGCCUACCUCGAGCAGGAGAACCGAGUCAACCGCGCAAAGCUCACCGACAACCGGGUCCACGCCUGCCUCUACUUCAUCCAGCCCAGCGGACACGCACUUCGCCCCAUCGACAUCGAGUUCAUGCGCCGUCUCCACCAGAAGGUCAACCUCAUCCCCGUCAUUGCAAAGUCGGACACGAUGACCGAUGAGGAGAUCCACCUCUUCAAGCAACGCAUCCUGGCCGACAUUGCACACCACAACAUCCAGAUCUUCUACGCACCCAGCUACGACGUAGAAGACGACGAGACCUUGGCCGAGAACGAGGAGAUAGUACGCAAGAUCCCCUUUGCCGUCGUAGGCUCAGACCAGCAGGUUGACACCAUUGAUGGGCGUCGCGUGAGGGGGCGUGCCUACCCAUGGGGCGUCAUCGAGGUGGACAAUGAAGAGCACUGCGACUUUGUCAAGCUGCGUCAGAUGCUCAUCCGCUCCCACAUGGAGGAGCUCAAAGAGCACACGCACAACGUCCUCUACGAGAAGUAUCGUUCCGAGAAGCUCGUAGCAAUGGGUGUCACGCAGGACCACUCCGUCUUCAAGGAGGUAAAUCCCGCAGCCAAGAUGGCAGAGGAGCGUGCGCUGCACGACGCAAAGUUGGCAAAGAUGGAGAACGAGAUGAAGUUGGUCUUCCAACAAAAGGUGGCAGAGAAGGAGGCGAAGCUGAAGCAGUCUGAGGAGGAGUUGUAUGCUAGGCAUAGGGAGAUGAGGGAAGCUUUGGAUAAGCAGAGGUUGGAGCUCGAGGAUAAGAAGAGGAGGUUGGAGAGUGGUAGGCCACUCACACCCGAGAAGGGAGGGUAUGCGCAGGGAAGUAAGAAGAAGGGAUUCAGCUUGAGGAACUAGCCGCGCCGCCUAGACGGUCGAGCUGCUGCGUAGCCGGCGCGUUGAGGGGAGAGCAGGGCAAAGCGGCCGACAACCCUUCCUUUCGGCACCAUCACCGCCACCGCUACCGCCAUCCCCAAACGCAGAGACUCCUCUCUCGAACCGCAUUGCAAAGGACAAGACACAGAUGCAGAUGUAGACGCGUGGGCAAGCGCGCGCCGAUACCGCUACCGCCUCCCUGCUACCUUGAUUCCUCCUCUCCCUCCUCUCUUUAGUCAUCUCCUCUCGUCUCCUCUCCUUUACAUCUCUCCACUUCCUUUCUCUUCGCCCCGCCAUCUUCCCUUUCCUGCCC